AUGUUCUUCUUCCGUCGCCUCCGGUGUGUCCGGCUCGUCGUCCGCAGAGCUCACGUUCAUUCAUGGCGUCAGUCCUCCCUGGGCUAUGGCACACAGACGCCUCGUGCUCCCGAUUCUCCUCAAGGGGUCCUCCCCCAGCCGCCCGCAGUCCACCGCCAUGUUCCUCCUUCGCGACCUUCCCUCCCCGCCCUCCUUUCGUCCUCAUCUGCAUCUUCCUCUAUUCCGUUCUAUUUCAUCUCGGGGACUCUGAUAUCCGCCCUGGCCUUGGUGGGACUCCUCUACUCCACCUCUUCCCAAGAACAACUGAAGCGUCGUGCGGACGAGCUCCGCAGUGAUCUGGAGACCGCGCUGGAGAGGUCGAGGGACUCCCUCGAUCGGGUCGUCGGCCGGAUGAAGCAGACCGGCGCCGCCGCUGGAGUCCUCUGGAAGUCCCUGGCGUCCGUCCUGUCGUCCGCGAACCAGGAGGUGCAGAAAGAAUUCGAACUCCGGGUUGCCGCAUUCGUCGCCGAUAUCGUCGCCGCAAACGAGGGCCGGCGGUCGGCGAUCGUUUCCGCCGGCGGUGGCGCAGUUGUAGACUGGCUGCUCGAAACAGUAGCGAGGUCUUCAGGGAGGAAUGGAAGGGACUACUGUGGGACGCAGGCAGAAUCAGCGAGGGCGCUGGCAUACCUAAUCGCCGAUCCCAAUGUGUGUGAGGCAGUGCUGAGCAGGCCGCAUGCCAUUCCCAGUCUUCUGAGGUUCAUCUUCUCAUUCCAGCCUAAACGGGCCAAGGUGAGACUGCAACUCCUUUCUGCCCAGUGGGAACUCGGGCGUAUUUUCUCUUUAAGUUCGCCAUAGAGAAAUCAAAAUGAUUUUGUCAUUGCUAUUUGCUAUUGGAUAGUGUCUUCUUUGAGGAACGAAACCAUUUGAAGAAAUGGGCGGCUUCUCCAUUGCGUUUAGUAGAUGGUAGGGUUUCUUUUCUGCAUUGUUUUUGGUAUAUGUAGGCCGUCUGAAGUACCUUAUAUGGCCGUGGGGGUUAUUAGCUCGUUCAAAAUGAAAACACUUAUGUGGAAGGACUGAGCAAUCUUAUGAAAUCAUGAUACAUCAACAUCAAAAACAGUGUCGCCAUAUCUUUUUUCUUUUCUGUAGAUAUAAACCAAGAAAAUGGUUACUACUUGUGAUUCUUCUGCCUUCAAAUACGUUUAUUAUCCUUUUCUGAACCAGAAACUAAAUUGGGGAAAAAUUAUUAUCCAACAACCCACUGCCAUAAUAAUAGGAUGACCCGAAGAAGGUUGCACAUGCGAGAUUUUUUCUGGCAAGAUGGCUAGGUUUUUCAUUUUAGAUAGGGAGAAAGAAUGAAGAGUGAAGAAUAGAUGCAGAUGGAACCCUGCCCCCUUCAAUCCCCCAACUUAACAUUUAUUAAUCAUAUUUUCAUGGAUGAAAACAGUGAACUGUGUCUUUUGUACAUAAAUAUAGUUGCAUACUUGCUCAGAUACUCAUGUAGACUCUGGGGAAAUGCUUUGACUAAUCAGGCAAAGCUUAUUAUCUUGCACAAUUUUAACUCCUCAGAAACCAGUGUUCUUUAGAUGAGUAAAAUGCCCAAGGUUGUGACUUACCUAUCACUUAGGCAACGAAUUGCCUCACUUAGGAAAAACCUAGUUUCACUUAAGAUUCUACCUAAAAUUAUGAUUUACAAUAGGCACAUUCAUCUGCCAAUGAUGCGUAAAGUGAUUUCAAUCCAUUGGCAUUAAUCAAUAAGUCAUGGGCGUAUUUAUCUAAAAUAAAAAUAUAUUUAUUAGUGAAGAAUUGCGGAAUACUUUUAUCUUUAUCAUGACAGUUAUUACGGUCAGUUGUCAAGCAUUUCAGUUUUCUAUUCACAAAAAAAGAACAUUUUUAUUCCAUGAAAAAUUUAAUCAUACACGUUAUGGAAUACUUUAGAAGAUUAUUUCAUAUCCUCAAGCUUCAUCAUGCCAAUAAGGCUGGAUUCUGGAGUUGGACGGACUAGUGUGUUAGCCUGAAUAUGAGACAAAGCAUACUGUCAGCUAUGGUGCAACCUUCAGCUUACCUACAAGGCUGCCAGGUAUGUUUGGAAUGACGUCUUGUGACUAAGGACACCUUUAUGAGUAUGUAGUGUGGUUAUAAGAUGGCAUUGCUUAGUUUUGUCAAACAAUGUUGUUAAGAAAGUAAAAGGCAUAAAAUGACUAGUGGCUACCUUUCGGGUUGCUUGCCUGGUCAUUAAAACCUUUUCUCUGCAUAUUAUCAUGUUGUCUUGGUAACAUGUUGGCCACUUCAAGAAAGCAAUGUGAACUUCCUGGCUGUAAGUCUUUGCCAUAGAUCAUGCUGGAGCUUGUGAUUUGUGUAAGGGCAUGUUUUGACCCCAGUUAUUUCAUUUUGUUUCGGAUGUUUAAGCAGAAAUUCAAUCACAAGCCACUGGAUGGCCAGGACACCUUUAAGGGAAGGAGCAUGCUUGUCGCUUCCAUCAUGGACAUUGUAACUUCUAACUGUGAUGAUGUUGACCGAGUGUCAUUUCAGCCAUCUUUGCCGGGGAAUGCAGAUAUUAGAGAUAUUGCAGCUACUCUUGAAGUCAUUGAGGAAGGUGGUAUGCAUUUUUCUGAACUUGAUAGAAAUGGAGAUGAUGAUGAGGAUGAUGAUGGGGACAAAGGAAUGCGCGGCAUUGGAAUAAAAAUCCUUGGUGGUCCCACAGUGUUGGGUUUUUCCAGGAAGGAUGACCUGCUUGAGCUGGGACAGUCGGAUAAUCAUGAUUACUCUGCACCUGUAGAACGCAUGGUUGGCAGCCUGAUGUUGCAGGAAAAACAUACCAGUUCUUUGAGAGCUCAACACUCUACUAUUUUAUCAGUACCAGGCCUUUGGGACGAUUUGCAGAGAGAGCAGGUUGCUGUACCUUUUGCUGCAUGGGCUUUAGCUAAUUGGGCUGUGGCAUCUAAGCAUAACCGAUCUUACAUUCAAGAACUUGAUAGUGAUGGGCAUGCAGUUAUGCUUGCGCUGACUGCGCCAGAGAGGACAGUCAAAUGGCAUGGCAGCUUGGUGGCUCGCGUUCUCUUGGAAGAUCGCAGUUUACCUCUUAUUUGUUCUGUCCCUGAUUGGAGUUUCAGUCUUCUUUCUACUGUCUGUGAGGCAAGUAAAGCUGAUGAUAUUGAACUUGCUCGUGUAGCACUGUCAGCAUUUCUCAUUUCCAUUGAAAGAAGUAAUCAGGCUAAGGUGAAGGUGCUGGAGAGAGGACUUCAUCUGAUGAGAGAAACUUCAAAGCAAUCAGAAAAACAUCGCCAUUUGCAAGAAGUAUUGGCACAGGCAAUGGAAUUCCUUUGUACUGGGGAUAUGCGUCUAUCCCUUGAAGAAAGUCGUAGGUGGUCUGGCAUUCUUCUUCGUUGGAUAUUCUCUCAAGUUUCUUCUGAAGCUACAAGCUUGUCAGCCCAGCACAUUCUCUCUUGCAUCCUUGAGGAUUAUGGACCAUCUUCAAUACUACUUUCUCAGGGUUGGUUAACUAUGAUGCUGAAUGAAAUUCUUGGUGCCAACAAGACGUCUGUUAUGAAAACUAACGUACCACGUAAGACUGAUAAAGUGAAGGUAUUUCCUUUUCGUUCUACCUCUCUUCUCUAUCCACUAGAUUACCAGGAAUUAUCCUAGACAAUUCAUUGAGAAAUCAUCACCAUAACUUCCCCUGCUAUCCUAGAUUAGCAGGAAUUUUUCCAUUUGGGGGGGAGGGGGGGCGCGAAUAAGCUGGAUUCAAGGAUUUUCCAUUGACAACAGGACAGCUGGAUAACAAGAAAUCAGAGGCUAGAACUUGGUAAAAGCUAAACUGCAUCUAUAAUUCAAUAAACAAUACAUUUUAACAUAUUGCCCGACAAGGAUGUCUGAUGAAAAUAUUUUUAUCUCAAUGGAAAAUAUGCAACUUCAAUUCUGCCAAUUUCUUGGUUUCGGAAACUUUACGCACAUUUGUCUGCACUAUAUAAUGUUUGUGUUAUCUGCAGAUUUGAACUUAUAAUAGAAAAAAAUAGUAAAUUUAGUGCAUAAGGUAAAUAUAUUUUGGAGAAGUACUAUAAAGGAUAUUGUUGAAAAUCAUUGAAAUCGGAUGUAAUAUAUUUUAGGCAUAAGGUAAAAUAGCUAAAUCGAAUGUAAUAUAUGGUUGAAAAUCAAUAUAUCGAAUGUAAUAUAUUUUAGGCAUAAGGUAAAUAAGGAUAUUGUUGAAAUCAUUGAAAUAUUUUGGAGAAGUGGAUUUGAAGGUAAAAAGUAAUUUCCAGUUCAAGACGAACAGGAACUGUCCCAUUUGUUCCUCAAAAAUGUUAAAUAGGUUAAAAGUUAGGUAAUUCUUUGAAUUACAUAAUGGUGGUUGAUAACCUGCCUAUGGACAUAGAUUUUUCUCUAGCUGUUUCAAUUGAGAUUCCUUUAUUUAGCUUUCUUUCCUUAAAUGUUUAGUUUAACUUGGUUUUUUGCCAACGUCUGCUUAUCAGUGGGGGAAUGCUUAUGAAUAUAGUCAUAAACCAGUUGUCUCAAAUACUCCUACAGAACUCAUCCAUUACCGGGAGUUAACGUACAGGAUUGUACCUGAAUAUUUGAUUUCUCAGGAAAUGAUAUGUGACGUUUGAUUUGUUGGGAUUAAUGACAGAUAAAUUCGUGGGAUUUUUUUUGUUGUCAUGCUACGAUUAGUAUUUAGGUCAAAGAGAAGUUAUCAUCAACUUUAUAAUCACUGUUUCGUUGCAAUGACAGAGUUUCUUUGAGCUCAUAUGUACUAAAUCUUAAAUGAUAAUGAAUGAAAGUUAUUAGAAUUCUGAUGGGUUCUCUGACUUUUAGCCUUUAGAUAAUUCAGAAGUUUUAUUUCGGAGACGCAAAACUGUUCUUGUAAGUGUCUGUAUACACUUGCAAGAAAAAAAAUGUGUAUUUACAUGCUAAACAUUUGAAUUUCCAACCAUCUGAUGUAAUGUGCUGUUUUAUUUUUUUUGUUAUUUAUUUAUAUCAAAAGUUUGAGAUGGUGAUAGGUCUAAGUUCUGCAAAUGCAUAUGUUCUAGGUUGACUUGCUAAUUUUAUUCAUGGGUCUUUCAUUGACGGCAGGUGUCAUUUUUUUUUAUUUCUGCAGACUCAAAUUGAUCAAUCUAAUAUUCUUUCAGCAGCACAGAUCACAACUCAGUUGGCAACUACAGUUGUUAUUCUAGCAUUGAAUAACUCGGAAGCUUAUUCUGAUUCUACGAAUAGGUUUCCUCUUGAUGACUUUCUAUCCCUUGAACCUUUUUCUGUGUUAGCCAAAAACAUGAGAAAAGAUAAGUUGACGAAAGUUGAUGCAGCUGAUUCUGCUUUGGCUACUCUUAAAGGCAUUAAAGCAUUAACCGAGCUUUGCUCUGAUGAUUCCGGUUGCCAAAGCAAAAUAGCCGAUUUUGGAGUGUUUUCCUUGCUGAGGCGCUUUCUUUUGCAAGAUGAUUAUGAAAGACUGGCAGCAAUUGAGGCAUAUGAUGCUUCAAGGAGUGUGGAGGCUCGGGAACGUGGAUCAAAUAUUUCUGGGGAAGCAUCUGCUGCAGAUGGGAAUGACUCGUCUAGUGUUCGAGUCCCUCCCACUGCACAUAUUCGAAAACAUUCUGCCCGGCUUUUAAUGAUUCUUUCACUUCUUCCAAAGGUCAGAAAAACCAUUCAAGGUGACAAAAUCUUAUGCAAGUGGCUUGAGGACUGUGCAAAUGGCAAGAUUCCUGGCUGCAAUGAUCUCAAAAUCCAAAGUUAUGCCAGGGCUACUCUUUUGAAUGUCUUUUGCUCAGAGCAAAGGCAUGGUGAUACAAACGAUAGCCAUCCUGAUAUUGCUUCUGCCAGCCAAAUGAGCAAGUGCCCUCGAUAUGAUGACAUGAUCUUUUUCGUCAAUCCUGAAUUGCCAAACUGGAACUACCCCAGCAGCAGCACUUUGGAUGCUGCCUUGCUCGGUUCAAAUGGUGAAAGUAACGUUUCUUUAUCUUCAUCUGGCAAUGGACUUGUUGAGAAAGAAAAGUGCAUCCCCUCGGGUCCCGUUGAUGAUUCUGUUCGAAACUCACAAUUAACCGCCCCUGUCAUGGAUGUAGUCUUUAUUCAUGGAUUACGGGGUGGCCCUUUCAAGUCCUGGCGCAUAGCAGAUAAUAAAUCAUCAACGACCAGUAGGGCAGGUUUGAUUGAAAAGAUUGAUCAAGAGGCGGGAAGACAGGGAACUUGCUGGCCAAAGGAAUGGCUUGCAGCUGAUUUCCCUGAUGCUCGUCUGUACACUGUUAAAUAUAAGGUUUGCUAAUUCUUCCUGUUUUAAUAUAUCUCGAAUCAAGUAGAAAGUUGCUUAUAGAACAUGUAUGCAUAACUUCGUUGGUUAUUGCAUGAAGGUUUCCAAUCCGUCAUAUACAUAUAGGAGCUCAAUUGUUUUAAUUUUCUUAAGUCCCUUGUUUGACAGUAUCAUGAACAUGAAUCUCUAAUUGAAUAAUCCCUACAGACAAAUCUCACUCAGUGGUCUGGAGCCAGCUUGCCUCUUCAGGUUUGUCCUUUCAUCUUCUCUCUCUCACCCCUGAAUCGACUGUUCCCCCUUUGGCUUGCUAGAGAACUAUUUCCAAUAUCUUAAGUUGCAUUUGUGAUAUCGGAUUCUGGGUUUUUGUGACUGGUUAAUUACUAGAUGCUUGCUUCUGGAAAUUUAGAUAUCCAUUUCGUUGUCCGGUCUCUUAAAUACACUAGAGACAAGUUUACUGUGGUAGAACUCUGUCUGACCUAUUUUAUUUAUUUAUUCUUGAAAGUAGUUACUUUUAAGCCUAGAGACUUUUGCAGUGCGAACUAUGUUCGAUAAAAAUUUCAUCUAGCCUGUCUAUGCAGACGACACAACAUUGUCCGCAUAAUUUCAUAUUCUUUAACAAUUCUCCCUCAUCAAGACGCUGAAUUACAAUUCUCCAUCUGAGCUUCAUCUCAUAUUCUUUAACAGGAAUGCUAUGAAGCUUCUCUGCAGCACUUUUUGGACAGAUGUUUUCAUUAAUCUUACUUUUUGGAAGGUUCGCUCUGAGGUAGAAUUGUCAUCUGGCAUGCAGAGAUAGCUUCUGAAAAAUUUUAGCUGAAAAAUAUUUUGUGCAAAUUAAAUAAAAAAGUGUUGCAUAAUGAAAUUACUGUUGACUGGUCAAGAUAUCUAUCCAACAAACAAAUCAGUGCCCCUCUUAAUUUUCAGAAUAAAGAGGCGGCAGAAAAUUUUACUUAAUCUUAUUCACAACACAGUAGACCUUAAGCUGGCUGAGGUUUUAUCAUAAAAUGAUUGGUAUAACUACAGUAAUGGCUCAAAUGAAGACCGUUACAUGAAACCAUCAUUUGCUCUGGUUGGUCUGGGGCUGUUAUUUUUCGCAGUCACAAUGAUUCAGUGGUCUGGCAUAUUUUCAUUUUCCACUGAUAGAAAGACAACAAGAAAACAUAGUAGCUACAUUCAGUAGAAGUAUCUUUACAAAAUGAUUACGACUGCGUGAAAGAGUUCCUAAAAAGGCUGUCAAACUUCUAAUGUUACUUAUUCCCAGGAAAAGUGGUUAUUAUUACAAUGAGUAAUAGAUUUAAAGCCGCAUUAGAGAAGCUAACUGAUAGAAAUAAAUUACCUUUCCUUGGGGAAAGAUAUAUCUUGAGUAGAUUUAUGAUUGUUUAUUAUUCCGUCAAUCACCAGAACUUGAGAAAGGAAACUUCUGCUCGGUUAUUAAGCUUAACUUUUAGUAUCAUCUGAUAAUUGAUUGGACGUAAUUUGUGCAUUAUUUUUUCUGAGUGUAAAGAAUGAUGAAUUAAUUACAUCAUAUAAAGAAAUUUGUUUUUUUUGAUUUCGUCAUUGUUUUUGGUGAAUCAGAUAGUUACAUAGAGGGUUAAAAUAAUAUUUGUGGAGUUAGACUUCAGCUUGGAGAAUGGUAGACCAAGCCUGAUCAAUUAUAGAAUAUUGACUAAAUUAUGUCUUGUCAUGAUUGAGAACAAUGGUGACAGGUCAUAUUUUACUAUGGAAAUAUCUGAGAUGAUGAAGAGAAGUGGAAUGUUCAUCUCAAGAUCUGUUCUCCAUGUUAAUUGUUGAGAGAUUGAUAUCAUCAAUUAUAAUGUUUAAUUUACCGUGAAAUCACUGCAAAACUCUUUGAGCACUUUGAUUUAUAGCUUCUUUUAAGAGGAACUGUUUGGAAUGUAUCAAGAACCUUCCCAUUGGAUGGUAAACAAACUCAAAACUAUUCUCCAGGUGGCGUAACUUGUCGGUUAAGAUUUUUUAUGGACGGGAAAAUAUCCCCUCAUGUAUCGGUUGUCAUCCAUAGUAUUUUGCUGAAUGCUAUCUGCAUAAGAAUGCACUUCCAUUUUUAAACGGCAUUCAUGUAGUCAGACUGAAUGACUAAGAUCUUAUAAGAUUGUGGCAUCAGUCAAACAUCUUGGGGGCAUAAGUUGUGUUCCAUUUUCUUUCAUGGUUGGCUAGAUCUUAUAAGAUUGUGUUCCAUCAUUCAAACAUUUUGAGGGCAAUACGAUUUUUGGAUAUUGGUAAAUGUAAAAAAUCCGAAUUAGCUUCCACAUUUGCAUUUCAUAUGCUCAUUAGUUUUCUUCCUGGGUUUUACUCAAUUAAAACUUCAAUUUGCUUCAUUUAUAUUUUCGUUCUUUCGUUGGAAUACCAACAUGUUUGCGAAUUAUUCGCCACUAAAUCUCUUUUUCUUCUUUAUGCCCUAUGAAAUAAUGCAAUUAUUCCAUACCAUCAAAUGUUCAUCUGUCUGAUUUUUUCUAUUUAUUAAAUGCUCGAGAUCGUGCAGGAAGUCAGCUCCAAGCUCCUCGAGAAGCUGGUUGCAGCAGGCAUUGGAAAUCAUCCCGUGGUUUUUGUGACUCACAGGUAAUUUUACUAGAGUAAUCCAUAAUAUUGAAUUUCUUAAUACAAAAAGGAACCUAUCACUACAGCAGCGCGUCAUAUUUUGUGGUUAUGGUAUGAAGAGGUGUAAGGUUUAUUAGCUUGGCUUUAUGGUCGGCCCUGUGUUGGCGGUCUCAAUGCAUCUGGGAGUUCUGUAGUGCUUAACUAGGAGAAUACAUCUUUCGUCUGGUUUAGUGGUCUUUAUCCUUGACAGUUCAGAUGACUUUUUUUUUUCCUUUCAGAGUUUUGACUGGUAUGCAAACAUUGGCAGUGCAUUGUUUUCUUUUCUGGAAUUUUAUGGAUGCUUUUAUUUUCAUAUUCUGUGUUUCUUCUACAGUAUUAGAUUUUUAUUUUUCUAUUGAUCAUUAAUUUUGGAGAAUCAAUGAAACUGAUUAAACCAUUUUUUCUUAAUGGUUUGUCACUUUUUUAUUUUAGAAAAAAAAUCAUAUGAGGUUUUUCAUUAGCUGAUUUACUGUCUACCCAAAAGCCUUAACAGGAGAGAGAUUAUGGUUCUGUAUGACACAGAUGCCACCCUUAUUACAAUACCUGUUACAUGGCAUCUGGUAUAUUGUUCAUAGAAAUACCGUUAAUCGUUCAUAUGAUUUUAUGCCCAUUUGUCAUAACUAUUUUCACGUCUACAGUUUGAUCAGUAGGUUUUUCCAGUGAAAUAAGUUACUGUCAAACGAAGUGCUUUUGAAAAAAUAGUGGAAUUCCUAUUUUUCAAAAGGAUGGAAGGGUGUCACUAUUACUGUUAGAUACAAUUCCCAGCAGGAUGGCCAGUGAUUUCGUUACUGACAGAAUCCACAACGUGAUUCAUCAAUGGACCUCACUACUUUCUUCGAUUUAAAGUCCUCUUUAUAUUACAGUGUAUUUCUCACCUCUCACGAACUCUGAAACUUCAAUAUUUAUUUUCCUUCCCUUAGUUUUAUUCCAUGCUCUUUCAAUGGGCUACCAGUUCACACAUAAUCCGCUCAAUCAGAUCAGACAGUCAAGUAGGUUACCAUCAAAUAUUGAGUCUGGAUUGGCUAAAUUGGCCUGUUUGGCGGAAGAAACCAGGCCUUGUUAACAGGAGACAAAUGGAUACAAUGGCAUCCAUUUGCUAACGAAAACCCAACAUUAUUAUACAACACUGCCCUGUCCUUAGCACUGUAGCGACACCAGUCAGUGGAGGUAUGGAACAGUGGCCAGCAUUGGUCGGCAGCAACUCUCUGUUGAGUUUUGUUCCUGGAUUUUUCUUUGGGUGUCCCCUCUCUAUUUCUUCCAUCCCCUUUCUUAACCCUAUGCCAUUGAGCUGGAGAUCUGUCUCCAUCUUCGCUCCCUGGUCGUGGGGACUUUAUGGUAAACUGAACAAUCCAACUGAGAUUAGCAAUCGGAAAUAGUUAACUUUGCUUUCAAUCCCUCCUUUGUUCUAAAUGGUCACAGAAGAUCCUACAUGUGCCAUUGUCACCAGAAGAAAAUGUGCUAAAAUGUUACAAUUCUUUGCAUAUAAAUAUUUAGUCUUCCUGUCCAUGCCGUUUCCCUUGCUUCUUUGGUGAAGACUUCCAGUUCCAGUUGGACUUUUCCUGGUUUUGAUGUGAAUAGUUUCUACUUAUCCGCCUUGGUUUUUUUCAAAUAAUAUCUUGUAAUAUUUUAUGGCCCACAAGUUUCGAAAGGACAGACAAUGUCCUCUUUUCUUCCGAUAAGCACCUUGUUAUCAUAAUAAUAGUCGAGGUCUUCUAUAUUAAAUGAUGCUUCCUCUCGUUUGUUAGUUAUCUCUUCUUCUAUUACUUUUCCGUCAGUACUCUGCUUCUUAGGUCAGUCUGCUCACUGCUGUCAAUGUCAAAUUCCACUUUAACUAAAUGCUCCUAUGUUUGCUAUUCCCCUAUUUCAAAGUGACCACAUGUCGUUGAUAAAUAGUCUAAUAUACAGAAGGCAUAAUCUAACAUUCUUUGUGAGUGUUUAUCACCACUUCAUCUGAUAAGGUUAUAGAGGCAAAAGAAAGUUCAAUUUUGAUUGGUCAACUCCUUAUGCUAUUCCUUCACAGUGAUAUAGUAGGGUGUACAUAAAUAUGCUACUAGGAAAUAAAGCAAUCUUGAAAAGAGCCAUGCCCUAUUCUGAUAUUCUGUGUCAUAGUACUAAUUGAUUGUCUAAUAUUUUAUUUUCCCUUUUCUUUCUAGAAAUAACGUUUUACGUGAUGGAGUUGUGCUUUUCCAUUGAGGGUAGGCUAAGGUUCUACUCCAUGUGGAUCCUGUGAUAGCACUCCCCAAGUAUCAUGAGGUGUAAAAUUGACAUCGUUAGCUAUAAAUUUGCUUAUUUAGGUAAGAAUCAUCUGUUUACAACUGCUGUUUUAUAUUACCCAAUUUUUGCCUGCUGCUUUCUUUGAAGCUUCAUUCCAUCCAGCCUCUCACCAUAUAUCAAGGCAUUAGCUUGGGAAAGGAGUUUCUCAAUUGGUUGGAUUUUGGUAGAAAUGUUACUUAUCGUUUUAUUAUGCUUGUAUUGUAUUUGUGUAAACGAUUUAUGCAUUUUAUGAAAUUAUACGGAUAUUCUUCUGUUUUUCUCCGUAUGAGUUUUGAGUUAAUUUGAACCCUGGCAUAUUUUCUUGCCUGACCCAAUCCUAAUAUUUGCUGAAUCAGCACUGUUAGAUUCAGGAAUUCAGUCUGAUUUCACCUACCAUCGGUAGAACACAGUAUCUAUAGUCUCAGCUCACCAAUUGAGUGAGGUUUUAAGUUAUCAUCAGAUGCAGCUGACACAGUCAUUCUUCCACGUUGAAGUGGCCUAAAUAUGACGUUUAUUGUUGUCAAUUUUCAAGUUUCUUCAUGUUAUUAUGUAUGUAAUGAAGCUUAAGACCAGAUAUCUGUUGUAGUUGAUACACUGAUCAGUUGCUUGGAGCUUCUUUUUUGGCAAGAAGUUUCCUUACCUAGCAUAUUUUUGCUUUCUAGUUAUAGCAUGCAUCAAACUUUGAUAUAUCACUCAACUAAAACGAAUUUAAGCGUUGAUCACAGCCUCUCAGUCAUCAUUUCUCACUGUUACAAAAUGGCAUGGGCUUCCUAGCUUUUCUGAAAAUAUUUGGAGGGUCUGUCUGUUCAGUCAGACUGUUUUAGGUCAGAUUAACUUAAUUCCACACGGUAAGCUGGGAGAAAAGUCAACAUGUCAUAUCUGAAUAGGAGAAAAGUGAAUAUGUCUAGUCUUCUCCACCGCUUCAGAAAAGACUUGAAAACGGUUCUUUCUAGUACAAAAUGUAGACCAAAGAUGUUGAAGAUUUGUAUUCUAGUAAUGAUACUGUGUUCUCAUUUUCUUCUUAUACCUCUCAUCUUCUUCUUUGCAGUAUGGGUGGCCUAGUUGUCAAGCAGAUGCUUCACCAUGCAAAGAUGAACAAUCUUGAGCACUUUCUUGACAAUACAAUUGGGAUUGUAUGCUUUUUCCAUUCAAGAUCAGUGUUCCAUAGAUUUGGUUUUCAUUUUCUAAAAUAAUUAGCGUAUAAUUGUAGGUAUUCUAUAGCUGUCCGCACUUUGGUAGCAAGCUUGCAGAUGUGCCUUGGCGUAUGGGCUAUGUGUUUCGUCCAGCCCCAACAGUAUGUGCAAGAAAAAUUGACCAUACUGUUGACUUCUUAGAACUCACUUCUUAGCGUGUUGGUGUUUUGUUUGUUGUUUCCCAUUUACCAUUAGAAAUAUAUUGUGUAUACUGCUGACUUCUUUGUAGAUUGGAGAACUUAGAAGUGGCUCUCCAAGAUUGCUGGAGCUUAAUGACUUUAUUCGUCAGCGGUUUAAUAAAGGCUUUCUUGAUGUUCUCAGUUUCAGCGAGGUAAUGUGAAACUAUUUGAUUGUUGUUUCUUGACACUUGUUAUCUUCUACUUAUUUUGCUUGGGGUAAUUGGAACAAUGAUCUGCGGCAGACUCUAGUCACGCCCAUUGUAGAAGGAUAUGGUGGAUGGGCUGUUAGGAUGGAGGUCGUACCUAUUGAAUCUGCCUAUCCAGGUUUCGGUGAUAUAAUUGUAAGUUUUCUUCUGGUAUAUACUCUUUUGCUGAAUCAUACAGAAUUCGUUGAAUUAUUCCAUUUGCACACUGGGAAGUUGGUACAUUGCUUGGUGCAUUAGAUAUUCCUUUUUGGCAAUCCUAUACUUUUAUUAAAUGAAUGAGUCUUGAAGCACAUUUAUCCCGUAAAAGGAAAAAGAAAGAACGAUAUUCCGAAAAAAUUCUAAAAAGUUCCUUUUUCACUGCUGAGGCUCCUCUCGGAAAGCGAAUAAGAGAAUGAAGAACGUUUUGAGGAAAGCAGUACGUUUCAAUUCAUACCAUGAAAAAGUGUGUUGGAAAGAUACAGUAUCAAAUAAAGAACCCCAUUCACAGUUUCUCCCAAGUCUCUUGCAUACAUUUCUACAAAUUACAUAUCUAUGAUGGGUAGAUUGAUGCUGAGGUUUAUUUUCCAGAAGAUUUCAAUCUCCAUGCUCGAUAGUACUAGUUGCCAAUUUCUGCACAUGUACAACACAUUUUGAUCCUUUUCUUAUGAAUUAGAGAAAUUUCAUGCGGCGCCAUUUUAAAUAAAUAAGUAGAAGAACCUUGAUAUCAAACAAACAAAUUCAAACUCGAAAAGGAUCUUUCUUCUUCUCGAGGAAUGAGGUUCUCCUUGGAUGUCCUGUCCAUAUUGUAUAUAUUCAUUCGCGUGGCUUGUCGCCUGUGUUGUAUGUAUCUGUCUCUAGCUUCCCCUUAUAUCCAAGUCUGAAGAGUUAUCUUGUGUGGUUGCAUUUGGUUGCCCAUGGAGAGCACCUCCUGAAGUCGUACUUCCGUUGUAUAAUAAUAUUAUUGUGUUUUCAAUAAAUUAUGCUCAUGCAGAGUGAGGACAAAUCAUGAGGCUGUUGUGAUUGAUGGAUCAAUUAAUACUAUCUUAGAACAGGGAAACUUGGACCCAUUCUAUGUGGUGUUUGUUCCUUACUGGCAUGUGUAAGCAUAUAUGCAUGCCGUUUUACUAUAGAUUGCACAAGAAAACCAUAUAGCAAUUGAGAUGAUGGCAUCACCGAGUUGUAAAAAUGCUUCAAUUUUAGCUUUCCACUAUCUUAUCAUUUUUCAGUGAAUGAAAAAAUGCCCAAGGAAGCUACCAGAGUUUAAUUCCUUGGGAUAUCGAGUGGUUUUGAUUAAAAAAAUGUCCGUCAAUGUGGUUAAACUGUUCAUAGCAGACGAUUGGUUUCUACUGGUGCAUCUUUGUGUUGGAGUAUUUAUGAAAGAACUCUGAAAUAAAAUGAUGGGUAAGAUAGACAUUUGCAUCAUCAUUGGAUCUUUUGAGACAGAACAUUCACAUAGUUUAGUUGAUUUAACGUACAAAGACUUCAAGGAAAAACUGAAAUUUAUCCUCUUUUUCGAAAGGGAUAAGGAAUUUGAAGCUGAAUCAGUAGAAGAAAAUACUAGGACUAGACAGGAAAGCAGUUUUUUUUAUUUUUCUCUGCUUUUUUGCGUUAUCAACACUCACAGUGUGAAUUUUUACCUAAAUAAAAUGUUGAAGAUUUUGGUUAACGUGAAUAAUUUCUGAAUGUCUCAUGAGAUGAAAAUGGUCAGUGAAGUUCAUGGAAAUAAAAUAAGUCCGAUUAAGAAUUAAAUUGGUGUGCAUUUAUGUUAACUGCGUUUUUAUAUCACAUGCGUGGGCUUCUUUGACGUUCCAAAUUAUUUUUCAUUGUGGAACGUUAAUCUUAAGAAUCUCAUGUGAACAAAAUACAGAAACUCUACACUGUCUGUUUAUAGCUGUAAUUAGAUACCCGAAACAGGAAAGGGUUAAAAAUGUCUCUUGAAAAUUUGCCUUUUUCCAUUUUGAAGACCCGCUUCUUCAGAGUUGCGAAUUUGUGUGAUCUUGGCAGGACAAGAUAACUUUGAUCGUAAACUAGAUUAAGACUCUAAUUGGAAAUUUCCCAUUAAUAUCUGUACUCCAUGGAAGAUACUCAAGGAUUGGCAUAUCAGAUCAAAAAGCAACUUCAUUUUUGGCUAAAGAAAUGGAUAUGGCAGUUGUUUAAUCUCUCUCAUUAUUGACGCAGGUCCUCGACGCCACUGAUCAUAUUAAUUCAUGCAAACCAGUCAACCGUUCUGACCCCUCUUAUGCAAAGACGUUGGACUUCUUGCAGAAGCUUAGACAGACUAGGACAUGA